GGAGGUAGGCUACUCAGAACUACUUGGACGGUAAAAGCGGGAGUCACAAAUCGGUUUUAGUUGCGUUUACCAUCUUGAACAUCAGGACCAUUUCAUGAGGCAAACUAACAAUGAAGCACGAUCGCAUGUGUGGCAGUCGAUGUCUGGGUCCAAUGACUUUUAAUAAGGACCUGACAGGCCAAUAUGUGACCCUCAGCCAAGGAGGACAACUCGCGUCCAGAGACCCCUCAUCCUUUAUGAACGGUUUGGCGUUUCUCAGCCGCACUGUAAAAGUGGAUGAAAAGCUGUGUAUACGUAUUGAGGACCGCACCUCGUUGUGGGAUGGAAAUCUUCGUGUGGGGUUCACCAACAUCUGCCCACAAAGAAACAAUUUACCACCUGCCUCAUUACCAGACCUCAGGGACACACGAGGAUACUGUGUUGUGCCAGUGCCUGAGGACUUGUCUCAGUGCGGUGUAGAGCUUCAGUUCUGGAUAAACUAUGCAGACAUGGUUAUUGUGCAAGAGAUAGGAGGGGAGAAAUAUUAUCUCAAAGCAGAAGGACUUAACCUGAAUAAUCCGCUGUGGGUUUUCAUUGAUCUGUACGGGAGCACAAGAGCCGUCCGCCUUCUGAGAUCAAGGAGGGGCAGUCGAACAUCAUGCCCAGUUUGUCCUGUAGACAGUACGUCUGGCAUCAACUGGCUAGCGAGAGCGGUUGAGCGACAAACAUCAGAGGAAGAGCAUAGCAAUAACCAUAAAACAGAAUCCAGAAAGGUCCAGAAAACAUCAUCUUACUGGAAACCGAGUCUCUUUCUCGUACAGUAUGCCAACCAGACGACCAUAACAAGCCCCAGAGAAAGUUCAGAACUCACAAGAGUUGGUUUAGGCAUAUCUGUUCAGGGGUCAAGAGGGGUAGAUCUUAACUGGACUUGGCGAGAGCUGUAUCUCUUCAUUUGCUCCAGAUAUCCUUUGGUCGACCUGGGUGUGAUUGGUUUCCAUUUUGCAAAUUAUCUGGCUCUUUUUAGCCUAAAAUACAUCACCAGCAACGACAGUUCUCUAUAG